UUGAGCGUAAACGUCAUGAUUACGUUUUACGUAAAACGCGGAAGAAAGUCUUAAAGCAGGUGUUAGUGUAUAAUUUCUCCGUGUAUGAACACUUGGAUUGAUCAUACAGGAUGGCACAAUGGGGUGCCAUUGCCUCAAUUAUCUUAGCUAUUGGAGGUGCAGCUCUCUUCUCCUCUGUGCACAAAAUAGAAGAGGGGCACACUGGAGUUUAUUACAGAGGAGGAGCUCUCCUGACCACCACCAGCAGCCCUGGCUUCCACCUAAUGCUUCCCUUCAUAACCAGCUUUAAGUCUGUCCAGACCACCUUGCAGACAGACGAAGUGAAGAAUGUACCAUGUGGUACGAGCGGAGGAGUAAUGAUCUACUUCGACCGGAUCGAGGUCGUAAACUUCUUGGUACCUGCGGCAGUGUUUGAUAUCGUGAAGAACUUCACUGCAGACUAUGACAAGGCCCUGAUCUUCAACAAGGUCCACCAUGAGCUCAACCAGUUCUGCAGCGUGCACUCUCUGCAGGAGGUCUACAUCGGCUUGUUUGAUCAGAUUGAUGAGAACCUGAAGCUGACCCUCCAGGAGGACCUGACCAACAUGGCUCCCGGUCUCAUCAUCCAGGCUGUCCGCGUUACGAAGCCCAAUAUUCCUGAGAGUAUUCGCCGGAACUACGAGCUCAUGGAGAGUGAGAAGACCAAGCUGUUGAUUUCUGCACAGACUCAGAAGGUUGUGGAGAAAGAGGCAGAGACCGAACGGAAGAGGGCCGUUAUUGAGGCGGAGAAGGUGGCCCAGGUGGCAGAGAUCAAGUUCUCACAGAAAGUCAUGGAGAAGGAAACAGAGAAGAGGAUCUCUGAAAUUGACGACAGCGCCUUCCUGGCUAGGAUGAGAGCUAGGGCUGACGCAGAGUUCUACACUGCGCAGAGGCUGGCUGAAGCCAACAAGCUGAAGCUAACUCCAGAGUAUCUGCAGCUGAUGAAAUUCAAGGCCAUUGCGGCCAACAGCAAGAUCUACUUUGGGAACGAAAUUCCCCAGAUGUUCGUAGACUCUGGAGGCUCUUCCAUCAAGGACUCGGCUGCGAUGGACGUACUGGCGGAGCAGGUCCUGGACUCGGACUAGAGGAGGGACAGACAGAGGGACAGACUUCCAAGGCUGAGAAAGCUGGAGAGAAACCCCAGACAGCGACACCAUCCCUGGGACGGGGCGGCCUGACAGACACCCCCUCGAGUCCUGGAAGCUCCACUCACCACAGUGUUGGGAAGAACCAGUGUUGCUGAAACCAAGGAAUUAUGAAUGUAGUCUGCUGUGGUCUUUCUGUAGGCUGAGAAAUUAAAUGUUGAAUUGUUGUCAUUCUUUUUUUUUUUUUUUUUUUUUCUUCUUCUUUGUAUUUGUAUUUUAUAUUUUAUUUCUUGCACAAGAAUAAUUUAGAUACUGGAUGGUAUUGAGCACGUAAGCAAGUGUGUGAUGUAUGUUUUGUCAAAGCAAUCUAACUAGGUAGCAUUCUGUGUUUAUUUUUAAUUUUUAGUUCAGUUUCAGUGGACCCUAAUCUGUCAUACAGCCCAAGAAUCUUAGAGAUGUUUUUUGAACAUCAAACAAGGAGGACAACUGUUGUUUGAAUUAUCAAGAUACUUUUGACUAUUCCACUAACAAAUCUUUUGGAAGGUAGCCUCUUAAAUUCACUCUUCUCCAUGACAACCAGUGACUGCUGUUGUGUACCAUGUGCUCAUUCUGAUUUCCUAAAAGCAUGGUUGCUGGGUGACUAACACAUUUAGUCACCACAGUACAGCCUCGCUGCAUAACAGUGAAGACUACUUGAAUGAUCAAAUUGGCAGCAUUCAACAAUACUGAAUUAUUUAGCGAUGAGGAAAUGGCGUCAUUGAGUGGGAUGUCGAGAGAGAACUGAUAAAUGCACUGUUGGAACCAAUAUUCUACCCGAAGGCAGUCCUGUUCCGAAACUCUAUUAUGUUGAGAUGAAUAGAACAGUUCUAUGGCGGUCUCUGACUAUGCCAACUCCAGCUGUACGCUCGGGUGGAACUAAUGGAAGCUGAAAGUGCAGUCGGUCUGGUUUUAACUGAUGUUUAAGUAACUAUCAAAGGUUCCAUAAUAAUCAAUGACUGCAUUUCCAGGAGAUUGAGUUUGAUUGUUGUCUAACUGUAACAUGGACAUAGAACUGUAAUGUUUCAAAGGAAAACUAAGUACCAAACAAAAGUUAACUGUCAAGUGCUGCUCAUUCCUGAAGAGACAAAUCUCUUCCAUGGUCUUACGAUGAUGAUGAUGCAUGCUACUGAGAUAGUUGACCAAACCUCUGUUUUGUAGCAAAUAAACAUAUUUGGUUGAAUUGCAUAAAAUUGCUUAAAACUGUCUUUUAUGGCUUUGUAACUGCCAUAUUUCCAUCCAUUCCAUUUCCAUGAUCACUCAGGUUGACUUGACUGAUAAUGACUUGAAAGGGAACUCUUUUUUGCACUCGGAAUUUAAUCGUUGAUUGCGCAACCUUUUGUCAUUUGAAAUAAAGUAAUUUUUGCUUUCUC